AUGCGCGAUCGACUGUUGGCAGCGGAGAAGGUGAAGGCCAUCGAUUGGCGUGAUGGCGCGCUGUACCUGCUCGAUCAGCGUGCCUUGCCGUCCCGCGAGAGCUGGGUGGCGUGCGUCACGGUCGAAGACGUCGCGGCGGCCAUCCGUUCGAUGGUGGUGCGCGGGGCGCCGGCCAUUGGUAUCAGUGCCGCGUAUGGCCUGGUGCUGGCAGCGCGUGAACGGAUCGGCGAGGGCGGUGACUGGCAGGCUGCGUGGGAAGAAGACUACGCACUUUUAGCCGAUGCCCGACCGACUGCGUCGAACCUGUUCUGGGCGUUGAAGCGCAUGCGCGACCGCCUGGACCGCGUCAAAAAGCACGCCGACCCGCUGGCGGUGCUGGAAGCCGAGGCGAUUGCGAUCCACGAGAGUGAUCGCGAAGCCAACCUGACCAUGGCCCAGCUGGGCGUCGAGCUGAUCCGCAAGCACCAGGGCAAUGCCCAGGCCAUCCUUACCCAUGGUAAUGCAGGCGCCCUGGCGACCGGCGGCGUGGGCACGGCGCUCGGGGUGAUUCGAGCAGCUUACCUGGAAGGCAUGGUCGAGCAGGUCUAUGCUAAUGAAACCCGGCCCUGGCUGCAGGGUUCGCGGCUGACCGCCUGGGAACUGGCGGGCGAGGGCAUCCCGGUGACCGUGAAUGCCGAUUCGGCGGGUGCGCAUAUCCUCAAGACCAAAGGCGUGA